UUUUUUUUUUUUUUUUUACUCUUCUUUCUGCUUUUUCAGUCCAUCUAGCAUUUUUAAAAGUGCAUUUAAAGCAGGUAACUUAAGAAAUGUGCUUUUAUUCCCAAAGAAGUAAGGAAAAAAACUAAUUUCUUUACUUUUUAAUCUUUUUCAAAACUAGUCAAAAAUAAAUAAAAAAUGGUAAAACACCAACAGGUUUACAUGCAUUGGACAGUCAUUGGAAAUAGCUUUUAUCAAUUUAGAUUCUUUUCAAUGAUGCAUAUUUUUCCAGAUUUGUGUAAUUGUGUAAAAAUGCAGAGAGUGAUGAGAUCUUUCCAUUUGGGAGUGGUUUUUUAUGCUAUCACUCAAUCAGUGCUACCUCUGGAAUUCAGACACUGGUCUACUGUGGAAGUUCUGAUUGGUCGAAAGUUUCCACCUAAGAUCUUCUAGCCAAUAAGAAGAGUCUGCAUGUCUUUCUUUCUCUGUGUGCACGAAGUAGCAGCAGACUUCUGUUUCAAAUGAAACCUUUGCGAGAAGCAAGGAGUUCAAGGAGUUUUUUUUUUCACAUUAACCAAUCUGUAUAAAGAUUUUUGUGUAGAUUACCCAAAUGCACCUCUUGUCUUUCAGAGUGAAAAUCGCAAUCGUUGACAACUAUGAAUAUGAAAACGUAUCAAGGCUUUCAUUACUACCCAAAAAUAAAUCAAGCAUGUUGGUAUCCAACUUCAUUGCUCUGUGCCUUUUGGCUGUGGCCGUGUCCGGUCAGGACAAAAAGAUGAGUCCCCAUGCAACCUCUAUGGCAGACACCAGCGCUAACCUGGCCUUCAGUCUCUACCACAAUAUCGCCAAAGAAAAGGAUCUUGACAACAUCCUCAUCUCUCCUGUGGUGGUGGCCUCCUCUCUGGGCAUGGUUGCCAUGGGGGGAAAAUCCUCCACUGCAACCCAGGUGAAGAGUCUCCUAAAGGCUGAUGCCCUGAAGGAUGACCAUCUGCACACAGGCCUGUCCGAGCUUCUGAAUGAGGUGAGUGACCCUCAGGCCCGCAACGUCACGUGGAAGAUCAGCAACAGGUUGUACGGCCCAAGCUCUGUCAGCUUUUCCGACGACUUUGUCAAGAACAGCAAGAAGCACUACAACUACGAACACUCAAAGAUCAACUUCCGUGAUAAGAGAAGCGCCAUUAACUCCAUCAAUGAGUGGGCUGCCAAGUCAACUGACGGAAAGCUGCCAGAAAUUACCAAGGAUGUGAAAAACACAGAUGGGGCUAUGAUCGUCAAUGCUAUGUUCUUUAAACCCCACUGGGAUGAGAAGUUCCACCACAAGAUGGUUGACAACCGUGGUUUCCUGGUUUCCCGCUCUCACACAAUCUCUGUUCCAAUGAUGCAUCGCACAGGUAUCUACGGCUUCUAUGAAGACACACAGAACAAGCUGUUUGUGGUCAGCAUGCCUUUGGCACAUAAGAAGUCCAGCAUGAUUUUCAUCAUGCCCUACCACGUGGAGCCCCUGGACAGGCUGGAGAAACUGCUCACUCGCCAGCAGCUGGACAACUGGGUCAGCAAGCUCGAGGAGAGAGCAGUCGCCAUCUCUCUGCCUAAAGUUAGCAUGGAAGUCAGCCACGACCUUCAGAAACAUCUUGCAGAACUUGGUCUCACUGAAGCUGUGGACAAGUCUAAGGCAGACCUGUCCAACAUUUCUGGCAAGAAAGAUCUUUACCUCGCCAAUGUCUUCCAUGCCUCUGCCUUGGAGUGGGACACAGAGGGAAACCCAUUUGACGCCAGCAUUUAUGGUAGCGAGAAGAUCAGGAACCCGAAGCUCUUCUACGCCGACCAUCCCUUCAUUUUCCUUGUGAAAGACAACAAGACCAACUCUAUUCUUUUUAUGGGCAGGCUAGCUCGGCCUAAGGGUGAUAAAAUGAGAGAUGAAUUGUAACUUUCAGGCUAUUUGAAUUUAAUGUUUUAAAAUGGUAUUAUUGUUAUUAAUGGUGUUUCUGUUACCUCAAGUGGCCAUUCCUAUGGAUUAUCUGCGUAUGGAAAAUCACAGUGAGCCUGUCAGUACAAAAACAUAUUUUUAAGGAGACUAGUUGUAAACAUCAGGAGAAAUGCAAUCCCAUAGGUGAAGAAUUAGAGCCCUUCAAAUGUAGCCAGAGAUUUGACAUCAAUUAGUUCAUGUAUUCAAUCAGACACUAUGCUUAUAUUAAGCAUAGUGCCAUUGAUGUUAAGCUGUGGUAUUUAUGAUUGUGCUUGUAGAGCCUCUCUUUAUGAGUAUAUGACAUCUGCGUAGGGUUUGCCUUAUCUUUAAUGUUUAAAGGGAAAAGGUAGUCCUAUUCAAGUUUUUCUCAAGCACAGUUGGUAGGUUCUAUGAUUUCACUUCCAUCCAACAAAAAACACUCCUGCACUGAUGCCUGUCUCCAGUUUGUUAGAUGUUAUUUUUCAGUAUGUCUUUACCAUACAGAUCUUUUGAGAAAGUGUGCUGUAUUUUUUUCCUUCAUUUCAUUCAACUGUUCUUUUUCCAAUAAACUGAAAUUCAAAAUA